AUGGAGAGGUCAAUGCCAUUGAGAGAAAAGUUAAAUGUUACUCACAGUUUCUCUAGAAAGGAGAGGCAUGCCAUGCCACACCAGGCCCCAGGGGGAAGCACCAGUGUUACCGAGGAGGCAGGGAGGAGCCAAGGGAAGGCGACCACAGUCUUUCUUGGGGUUUCCACCAGAAAGCUAGCGUUUGGCUCCCUGCGGGUCGCAGAGCUGGCGGCCCAGGAGGAAUCGCAAAGUCAAGAAAAUCUCUCCAACACCUCUCUGUCAUCUGCAGAAGUGUAUAAGAUAAACUUUAUAUUUCCAAAUGGAGACAAAUAUGAUGGUGACUGUACACGAACAUCUUCGGGAAUCUUUGAGAGAAAUGGAAUAGGUAUUCAUACUACUCCUAAUGGGAUUGUCUACACAGGAAGCUGGAAAGAUGACAAGAUGAAUGGUUUUGGAAGACUUGAGCAUUUUUCAGGAGCAGUAUAUGAAGGACACUUUAAGGACAAUAUGUUUCAUGGAUUGGGGACUUAUACAUUCCCAACUGGGGCAAAGUACACUGGAAAUUUCAAUGAAAAUAGGGUGGAAGGUGAAGGACAGUAUACUGAUAUCCAAGGACUAGAAUGGUGUGGUAACUUUCAUUUCACAGCUGCUCCAGGCCUGAGACUAAAGCUCCACAUGUAGAUAUUCUGCAUUAAAGCUUUAAUGUGAUAAUUGAAGCUUUUAGUUGUAAGGAAAACUGUAAAAUGUGUCAUCUGAAGUAACUUCAUACACUGCUUCUAUAUUAUAAUUUUGCUAAUAAAGCCAUCACUCACUUA